AUGGAAGGCAAAAUAGUCAAGGUCUUUGGUGAUUGGGAUGAAUCGUAUGCCACAUUGCCAAGAUGGUUGGAGUACAUGCAAUUACAUUCAUCUGGGUCAGUAUACAAAAUUGAAACUAAUGACUAUGUGAGGGGCCACCAAGUGGAUAACAGAUAUAGAGUGUUUCAUCGAUUAUUUUGGUCAUUCCAACAGUGCAUCACUGCUUUCAACUUUUGCAAACCUUUAAUACAAGUAGAUGGUACAUUCUUGUAUGGAAAGUACCGACAAACUUUACUGAUUGCUACUGCACAAGAUGGAAAUAAUUGUGUCCUUCCAAUUGCCUUUGCCAUUGUCGAAGGGGAGACUUUGUCAGCAUGGGAAUGGUUUUUGGCUCUGGUUCGUCUUCAUGUCACUGAAAAGACAGGAUAUGCAACAUGCAAGCAAAGAUUUGAAGAAAAACUUGAACGGUUUUGUAAUGAAUCAGAAGACAUUCGAAACUGGAUUAACUGCAUAUCCAAAGAAAAAUGGACUUUGGCUUAUGAUGACGAAGGAAGACGUUAUGGGCAUAUGACUACCAAUUUAUCUGAAGUUGUGAAUAAAAUUUUAAAAGUCGAGUAUUUUGUUAAGCGUGGUGAAGAAGCAACAACAGAGCUUAAUAAUGGUGGUAGAUAUUGUCGUAAGUUAAUGCAACAAAUGGAGAAAAAUCAGCAGGAAGCUUCUUCACAUCAAGUUCGACGAUAUGACAUACAAAGAACAAGGUUUGAAGUAGAAGAGGCUUUUAAUCCUAUCACCCAACGUGGUGGUAACAAAUGGACUGUGAUUUUAUCAAAUAGAUUUUGUGAAUGCAGAAAGUUUCAGACAUAUCGAUACCCAUGCUCACAUGUAAUAGCUGCUUGUGCAUCUGUGAGUAUAAAUUAUUGGCAAUGGGUUUAUCCUGUUUAUUCUGUGCAAUCUGUUGUUAAUGCAUACUCAUCUGAGUGGUGGCCACUUGGAAAUAACAAUAAUAUCUUAAGAUCGAAUGAGUGGAAGUUAGUACCAGACGACGAAAGAUCAAGGGGAAUAGGUCGACCUAAAUCUACCCGUAUUAGGAAUGAAAUGGAUUGGGUGGACUCUCAACCAUGUCAACGAUGUAGUAGGUGUAAACAGUCUGGUCACAACCAACGUCAUUGUCCUAGGCAUAAUGAACGUACAUGA